GGUCAAGGUUCUCCCCUGCUGCUGGGACACUAAGCAACUAACUGAAAUGAAAAUGCUCUUUUGAAGCUCCCUUAACCCAGAUCUUUGAUAUAUUUGAAGCAGUUGUCUCUUUAGUAGCAGCUUCGGGUGCAGAUACUUCAAACACAAUUAUGGAACUUCAAAGACAGAAUUUAAAGACAACAUCGCCAUUAUCUUUAGGACGAUUUCACAUUUCUGAAGAUUAUGGUUUUCUUCUUCCAAAUCCUCUGAAAGAACUUCCAGAUCAUUACAGGCCUUGGAUGGAAAUUGCCAACAAACUUCCUGAAUUGAUUGAGAGUCACCAGCUUCGAGCUCAAGUGAGCGAGAUGCCCCUCCUGAACUGCCAGUUUCUCGAGGGCUACAGGGAACGGCGCCUAGCUCACCUGGUCCUGAGCUUCAUCACCAUGGGAUAUGUCUGGCAGGAGGGAGAGGCACAGCCUGCAGAGGUUCUGCCAAGAAACCUUGCCCUUCCCUUUGUGGAAAUCUCCAGGGACUUGGGGCUCCCUCCCAUCCUGGUCCAUGCAGAUUUUGUGUUGACAAAUUGGACUACAAGGAAUUCUGAAAGGCCCCUGGACAUCAGGAACUUGGACACCAUUUUCUCUUUCCCUGGGGGAGAAAGCCUGCGUGGUUUUGUACUGGUGACUGUUUUGGUAGAGAAAGCAGCAGUGCCUGGGAUUAAGGCACUUGUUCAAGCAGUGAAUGCCAUGCUGCAGUCCAGCCAGGACUCCCUGCUGCAAGCCCUGCAGCGGCUGAGACUCUCCAUUCAGGACAUCACCAGAACCUUAGGACAAAUGCACGAUAAUGUAGAUCCAGACAUAUUUUAUGCAGUCAUCCGGAUCUUUCUCUCUGGAUGGAAAGAUAACCCAGCAAUGCCUGUGGGAUUGAUAUAUGAAGGAGUCUCCACAGAGCCCCUGAAAUACUCUGGAGGGAGUGCAGCUCAGAGCACAGUGCUUCAUGCCUUUGACGAGUUCUUGGGCAUUCGCCAUAGCAAAGAAAGUGGUAACUUUCUGCUCAACAUGAGGGACUACAUGCCACCUUCUCAUAAAGCCUUCAUAGAAGCCAUCCAGUCAGCUCCUUCACUGAGGGACCAUGUUCUAUCCUCCGGGAAUGGCCCACUCCUGACAGCCUAUAACCAGUGUGUGCAGGCCCUGGCAGAGCUGCGCAGCUAUCACAUAACCAUGGUGACCAAAUACCUUAUUACAUCUGCAGCCAAAGCAAAAGGCAGGAAGCUAAGCCAUCUCCCAGGACCACCUCAGGCCUUAGAAGACAGGGGCACAGGGGGAACUUCAGUUCUGAUCUUUCUAAAGAGUGUCAGGAAUAAGACCUUGGAGGCAAUCCUCCCCCAAAGUAGUUAAGAAAGGCCUCUCCUGGUGAUGCCAAACCAGCAAAUGCCCUACUGGAGGGCAGAUGGGCCUGGAGAAUGAAGGUCAGGGUCCGUCUGGAAUAACCCAAAAUCGACCUGUGCCCUGUUCAUGUUCCUGUUCUAUAGAACUUCAUCUUCUUCUUUGUUGAAACCUGUUGGCCUUCACAGAGGAGAAUUUUCAUGCCCAUACAUUUUCUUUUUUCUACAUGAUCACUGGUUGAUAGCAAGUAGCUUUGGACACUCCCUCAUUCAGAAACCCAUAAAGGAGCAAGGGUAUCCCUAUUCUAUUUGCAAAGUGAUGGAAAAACAAUCAAAAUUUCAGAAACUAAAUAAAAUUGCCUGUGGACAGACCACACAGUAGAUUUCUUGGAAAAACAAAAUUAAAUAUUCAUCCAUUCCUUCAUUCACUUAACAAUGUAGUAAGUUUCACUCCAGCCCUCGCCUCCCUGCAUGUGUUGAUUUGGUGGAGAUGUAGAGGAGAGAGGAGGCUGACAGUGAGACUUGGAAGUCACCAGUAUGAAAAUGAAUAAUGACAUGGGAACGGAUGAGACUCUUCCACAUGGUUCAUCAAUGUGCAAAUUCUAUUUUAGUUUCCUUCUUUAUUUUUAGGAGAAUGAUUCUUUCUCCUUACACUGAAAGUUUAAAAUAAUUAACCCUUUCAAAGUAAAUGAGCAAAGUGGGAAUAAAGAGUAAAUUCACAUGUUUACAAGGUCUCAUUCUACCUGACAAUACAAAGCUAGAAAAUGUUCAUCAUGUCUAUUUAGGAUAAACUCCACUAAUUUAGACUUGCUCCCCAUUAUACACACACACAUAGCUGGGAUAGUAUGUAAAUUACACAGCUCUGAUCUGGCAUUGGGGCAUCAGUGAGAGGUACCUGACCGGGGGUAGGGGGUUCUGUCCAAAUUAGUGUCUGCUAAGCAGUCCCCUUCUCCAUGUAGGCACUGGUCAAAUGUCACUCACAGCAUGUCUUAUACUAAUAGACCUUUCAGAUUCUUGGCCCUCAAGGUCCGAUCAUGCUACUUAGAGAAAACAUUUGACUACUUCCCAUAUCCCUAGGAGUAUUGAGAGACUAGAAGGUUAGCUCAAAGUGUCUGCCCAGUACUCAUUCUCUAGUGUCAUGGUGGUCUGUGGGGAGGAACAGAGGACUUCUGGACUUUUGUUAACACUCAGGGUCCUUGGUAAGAAACCAUGAACCAGCAUCUUCCACUUGGGGUACCAGGAGGGCUCCUAAAGACCCAUACCCUUCAAGGGCUUGGUCUGGCAAAAAAAGAGGUAGAGCAUAAUAGGAGCCAGACCUUCUAGUCUGAAUGGGCCAAGAGAAAACCCUGGGUCUUACAGCAUCAUUUCUGCCUACUGCUUAGGUCAGGAUCUCAGCUCAAAGACCUAGGCUCUCAUAACGCAAAAAGCCUUUCUCUCCAUAUGUUCUUCAUCUUGUGUUUGAAAAGUCUGUUAUGAAACGUAGAAAAUGAGCAUGGAUAUGCUUAUUUCUCUUUGGUUUGAUGUUCCAGCUGCUCUACCUUGGUAUCAAUAAACCCAGGCUGCCUUUGCUGCCUGGGCUGGGUGUAUGCUAUUGUCCAAGAAGGUAGACCAACUAGACUAGGUGGGGGAAUAUGAGAGAAGCACAUUGAUAAUGAUUCAAGACAUGGUCCCUUCUCUAUGUCAUCCUCAGGUGAAAAGACCAUGACCUUUAAAAUAAGACCUGUGUUUGAUUUCUGAUGUCUCCAUUUUUAACUACAACGUGGCUUUUGAUCAAUUUCAGAAAAUCAUGAAUCCUCAGCUUCCUAUUUAUUAUGAAAUCAAGAUGAUCAGAUUGGUCUCAGGGUGUAUAUAAGUAACAGAGGGGAUAGUUCUUGGCAAAGAGAAAGAA